AUGGAUAACAAGAAACCAGUUGAAGUGGGUACGUGUUUGAACAAGGACAAGAAGAAAGUUGUUGAAGUGGGAACGACUUUGAACAUGGAAAAGAACAAAGGUGUUGAAGUCGGAACGUCUUUGAACUUGGAUAAGAAGAAAGUUGUUUGUCGUCCCUAUGACAAGAUUAAAGAUGUGAAUGAAUCCAAAGAUCUUUGGACUUUUUCCGUUAGGAUUGCAGAUGCUUGGUCUGUUAUGGGUAAAUCCAGACAAGAGCAUUUCGAUAUGGUCGUGGUUGAUAAGCAGAGUGACAGUGUUCAAAUUACAGUUCCAACUGAUGAACUUGAUGAAUGGAAAGGAAAGUUGGUGAAGAAUAAGACUUAUGAGAUGAUGAACUUUAAGGUCCUUAAAAAUGAUAUUGUUUUAAAGGCAUGCACUCAUCCAUACAGGCUUGCUGUCACCGGUGCAACCAUUAUUAAAGAAGUUGAUUUUCCUCAAAUCCCUAUAUUCCCUAUGAGGUUCAAAGACUUCGGUGAAAUAUUGGCUGGAAAGUACCGUACUGAUUUGCUCACAGUCACCAAUACAAAUCAGUAUAAAGGCAGACUCAAAUCAGUGACUUUUCUUCUUAAGGAUACUAGUGGUCACUUGGUCCACGUAUGUAUGUUCGAUGAUUUUGCAAAGCACUUCAUGGAUUCAUUCUCUAAGGUCAAUGAUGACAGGGUCUUCGUUGUUGUGAAACGUGGGAGGAUCAAACCUGCUCAUGGAGUUUACCCGUUAUGUGUUACAAACACAUGGUCUGGUACUGAGCUCAUUGUUAAUGCUGAUAUUCCUGAAAUCAAUGAAUUCAAAGCGAGAUUUGCAGAGGAACAACUUGAUGAUGUCAAUCCAACUCAACAGUCUUCGCAAUUUAGUCAAGGUUCUCAACUUACUCAGCAAACUGAUAUUAUGUCUAAAGUCAAUUUCCUCACUCUUUCUGAGGUGAAUCAUGUUCAACAUGAAACAGUUUGUGUCAGUAUCACUAAAAUUGAGAAGAUCAAUGCCAACAAAUUUGGAUGGACAUAUGAUGGAUGCAAUUUUUGUGGUAAGGUUGUUCACUUGGACAAUGGUGAACUGAAAUGCACCAGUAACCAUAUUAAUGAAAAGCCUAAAGCAAGGUAUAGAAUUGAGGUUCAAGCCAUCCACAAAGAUGUUAAGGCUAGGUUUUUACUAUGGGACAAUGAGGUCACAUCCAUUGUAGGGAUAUCUGCUGAAGAUUUGAAAGAGGAGAUGAUUGAGGUUGGUCAAUUUCAUCCUAAGCUUUAUCCUCCAGCUCUAGACAAGCUGGUCUGCAAAGAAUUUUUUUUGAAAAUUAAGGCAAUUCCUGGCAUGAAUCCAUGUAUCGUUAGUCAAAUUAGUGACAACGAACAACUCUUGACCAACCUGAGAAAGCAAUUUGGAUUAGAAGAGGUGAGUUCAAAGCUUGCAAUAGGUGGACAAAUGAGUGAUGCUGACAAACAAAUUAGUGAUGCUGACAACAAAGAUGUUGAAAUUGAUCACACUCAGUCACUUUGCGGUGAAAAUGAUCCAUCGUCUACUUCUGCCACCCCUCCUCCAAAGAGACUUUCCCAGGAUGAGGUUGAUUGGAUAGCUUCUAGCCAAGAUGUGGAGGCUACCCAACUCUCAUCUACUAAGCUCGCCAAGCAACCUAAGCCGACCAAACAGCCAAAGUUAGAGCCUAAGAAUUGA